AUGCGCUGCUCCUAUAUUCUCGGGCUAAUCACAACAGCCAGCUCGAUUGCAUUUGCUGCAACACUUAAUUUCAGGCAAUCCGCAACGACAGAAGUCUACAAGUUCCCAGGACCUCCAGCAUGGGCCGAGGGUAUUGCAGCGCGUUCCACCGGCCAGCUCCUCGUCUCGUUCUUCGACGGCGGCGAGCUGUGGUCACUUGACCCUACCACCAAAAACGCCUCGAAGGUAGCAACAUUCCCCGAUGCGACAUGCACGGGUGGCAUCACCGAGAUCGCACCGGACGUUUUCGCCGUUGUAGCUGGGAAAUUCACAUUUGCGGGCGGGAACACGGCGGGAUCCUGGGGAAUAUGGAAGGUGGACUUCUCGACGGGUGCUCCCAAGACUUCUCUGCUGAAGAAGGUUCCGGAGUCCAGGUUCUUCAAUGGAUUAACCACGCUGAAUAAUGACACGAUCCUGAUCGGUGACGCGGAAAAAGGUGCAGUGUGGAGGAUGAAUGUGAAUACGGGGAAUUACAGCAUUGCAAUUCAGGACGAGACUAUGGUGCCUGUACCAGGUGCUGCGGCCGCCAUGGGAAUAGACGGUCUUCGAUAUUCAAACGGCGUACUUUACUUCACCAACGUCUUUGGCAAUCGAUUUCACAAGGUCGCCGUUGACACAUCUGGCGCUAAAGCAGGAACCAUCGAUACGAUAUGGUCCGACACGACAGCAGAUGACCUGUGGGUGACCCCGGAUGGAACGUCGUACGUCGCAACGGGCGGAUCGAACAAAAUCCAGAAGGUGACGAGCGAUGGGAAAAUCAGCACGAUUGCCUCAGUAUCUAGUUCGACUGCCGUUACUCUAGGUAGGGGCCAGGCGGACAGAGAUACGCUGUACAUUAGCACAGGGAGUGGGUCAAUCUUUAGUGUGAAGGUUUAGGGGGUGGCCUGGCGGGAUUCGGGCUUAUCUGCAGCAAGAAGAAGAAGAAGUCGUCGUCGUGCGAAUUGGAAAAGAAUUAAGGCAAAUUGCAAGCCGUGACAGGAUGGAAAAUUG